GUAGUUUUUCGGAGGUUCCAAUGCUUGGUUCCUAGUAUUAAUCGCCAUGUCUUGUUUUAUUCAACAAACAACACUAUCUUAUUUUUCAAAACAUCACAACUCCAGUUUUAGAACCAAAAACACACACCCACUUAUGUAAAACAUGGGAGCUCAAAGAAAAAACCUUAAACCUACCCUAAUGCCACCACCCAAACAAUCAACAACCCUGCAAUUCCUCUUCGAUCUUGAUUCAAAAUGUUGCACGAGUCAAAACGAUGAUAAAAUCAUUCAAUCUUUAGAUUCUAGAAACGAUGAACUUUCAACAAUAAUCAUUUAUUGCACCCGGUCUUGUUUGGAUGCUCAAGAAUUGGCUUUGAAACGACUCAAACUUACACAACUUUUAUCGAUCAUCAAAACAUCAGUAACUCCGGUUUCUAAUGAAACACUAGAGAUUUUGUUGAAGAUGGUGGCUUCUAAUCUCUUCCGCCCUCUCCCGCCACCAUAUGUGGGAACAUGUUCAGGGGAAGACGAUGAUGUCAUCGCCGCCCCUUCUGCCGCUUGGGCACACUUGCAAAUCGUUUAUGAUAUUCUCCUCCGGUUGAUAACUAAGAAAGACGUGAAAGCUCUUCGAGGAGAACACAGUGACAAAUCCAGAAUAUUAAAUCCCGGUUUGUCGCUAGAGGAACAUUUCAUUGGUCAGAACUUUGUUCUGAACCUCCUUGCUCUCUUCAACUCCGACGAACCUCGAGAGCGUGACGCCGUGAAGAACAUUGUCCACCGGAUUUACUCCAAAUUCACAUUCUACAGAUCCUUCAUGCGACAAGCAAUGAUCGACAUUUUGUUGCAAUUUAUUUAUGAAUCAGAUCACCGGCAAAGUGGGAUCGGAGAGAUUCUUGAGAUUUGGGGAAGUAUAAUCAAUGGAUUUAUGGUGCCAUUGAAGGACGAACACAAGUUUGUGCAGAAAGAGGCGGAGCUUGGCGGCGUUGUGAUCGGAAAGAUUUUGAGGUAUUGGUCGGUGACGAAUUGUCAAAAGGAAGUGUUGUUGAUCGGAGAAAUUGAGGAGAUUGUAGAGAAUAUGGAUCGGCGGCAGUACUUGAAGGUGGCUCUUCCAUUGUGGUCACAAAUCGCAAAGUGCAUCAACAGUGACAAUUCACAGGUAGCUGAACGGGGUCUAUAUGUUUGGAACAACGAGCAGUUGAUGAAGGUGGUGUCAGAAGAUAUAGAGAUGGUUUUCCCAUAUAUAGUUGAAGCGUUAGAAAAGAACCUUACAUGCCAUUGGAGCAAAAACGUACAAGAAUUGACAGAAAAUGUGAAGAUCUUGCUUCAAGAACUCGACCCAAUUCUCUACAAGACAUGCGUUGAGAUGAUCAAGAUACGUGAACUCACAGCUCGGUUAGAAGAAAACACCAGGAGGAGGAAAUGGGAAAGGAUUGAAAUGGCAGCAUUAGCAACAACAAAAAACUAGUCACAUGUUGCAAGUUAAUUGUAUGUGUCCGGUAGUUAUUCAGAUUUUACUAUAUAGCU